UGGUUGCCGGAUGUACUGCCAUUGUCUCCUGGGCGGGACUAGAGUUCUGCGAUGUGAUUGGCUCCUCAGCGGAGCUUCAGGUUUUCUGCAGCUGCGCGUGUUUAGUGCAGAGUGUCGGAGAUUCAGGUGAUUCAGAGCCGUUUACUGUAUCGAUCAGUGUAAGGUAUCGAUCAGCAUGAGGUAUUGAUCAGUGUGAGGUAUCGAUUAGUGUGAGGUAUCGAUCAGUGUGAUGUUUUGAUUAGUAUGAGGUAUUGAUCUGUGUGAUGUAUUGAUCAGUGUGAUGUAUUGAUCAGUGUGAGGUAUUAAUCAGUGUGAUGUAUCGAUCAGUGUGAGGUAUUGAUCAGUGUGAUGUAGCGAUCAGUGUGAGGUAUUGAUCAGUGUGAGGUAUUGAUCAGUGUGAGGUAUUGGUCAGUGUGAUGUAUUGACCAGUGUGAGGUAUUGAUCAGUGUGAUGUAUUGAUCAGUGUGAUGUAUCGAUCAGUGUGAGGUAUCGAUCAGUGUGAGGUAUCGAUCAGUGUGAGGUAUUAAUCAGUGUGAGAUAUUGAUCAGUGUGAUGUAUUGAUCAGUGUAAGGUAUUAAUCAGUGUGAUGUAUCGAUCAGUGUGAGGUAUUGAUCAGUGUGAUGUAUCGAUCAGUGUAAGGUAUUAAUCAGUGUGAUGUAUCGAUCAGUGUGAGGUAUUGAUCAGUGUGAUGUAGCGAUCAGUGUGAGGUAUUGAUCAGUGUGAGGUAUUGAUCAGUGUGAGGUAUUGGUCAGUGUGAGGUAUUGGUCAGUGUGAUGUAUUGAUCAGUGUGAUGUAUUGAUCAGUGUGAUGUAUCGAUCAGUGUGAGGUAUCGAUCAGUGUGAGGUAUUAAUCAGUGUGAGAUAUUGAUCAGUGUGAGGUAUUGAUCAGUGUGAGAUAUUGAUCAGUGUGAGGUAUUGAUCACAAUUCUGCUUCAUUUAAGAUGGACAGCAGAUUUAGUGUUGAUUUACUGGGGGAAUAAUUCUGCUGCACAUUUUCUUUUUUUUUUCAGAAUUAAAUGUGGUUCAGAUCCAUGUCUUCUCCUGCUCCCAGUGCCUUUCCUACCUGGCUGAAAUUUAGCUCCACAAAUAAACACAAUCAGAAGAUUUUACCUAUUUGUUAAAAACUGCUGAAACAGGAAAAGAACAUGUCUGAAAUCUCCAGAACUCCUCCAGUAUCCUCCUCUGCACCUCGCAGCCAAACGCAGCAAAACUCGGACAGGAAAACUCACCACUGUUCAGACUGUGGGAGGAGUUUCAUUCAGCAGGGCGCCCUCAGAAUCCACCGGAGAAUUCAUACUGGAGAGAAACCGUAUCAGUGCUCAGACUGCGGGAGGAGUUUUAAUCAACGCAGUCAUCUCCAACAACAUCAGCGAAUUCAUACUGGAGAGAAACCCUAUCACUGUUCAGACUGUGGGAAGAGUUUUAAUCAGCAGAGUCAUCUCCAAAUUCACCAGCGUGUUCACACUGGAGAAAAACCAUUUCACUGCUCAGAAUGUUCUGAGAGUUUUAAUCAAAAGAUUCAUCUCCUUCAGCACCAAAGAAUUCAUACUGGAGAGAAACCGUUUCACUGCUCAGAGUGCAGGAAGAGUUUUACUACACAGAGUAAUCUUAAAACACACCAAAGAAUUCACACUGGAGAGAAACCCUUUCAGUGCCUAGAGUGUGGAAAGAGUUUUAACCAACAGAUUACUCUCUGGCGUCACCAGAGAAUGCACACCGGUGAAAAACCGUAUCAGUGCCCAGAGUGCAGAAAGAGCUUCAGUCAACAGGUAACCCUGUGGCGACACCAGAGAAUUCACACUGGAGAGAAACCGUUUCAGUGCUCAGACUGUGGGAAGAGUUUCAAUCAACAGAGUAAUUUCCAUAAACACCAGCGCAUUCAUACUGGAGAGAAACCCUAUCAGUGCUCAGAGUGUGGGAGGAGCUUCAAUCAAGCUUUUAAUCUGAUUCAACACCAGCGCAUUCAUACUGGAGAGAAACCAUAUUACUGCUCCCAGUGUGGGAGGAGCUUCAGGCAUUUAAGUACUUUCAGUGUACACAAAUGUACCAAUAACAUGAGCAUGAUGAGCAGGAUGAGUAGACCCGAGUGUGACGAUACAGAACGUAUCAACAGAUCCUCUGUUAAACAUGGUGGUGGUGAAUUCUGAAGUCACAGGCAUUUACUUUCUGCUCAGAUUCAACCAAAUGCAGAAAUCUGAUUGGAUGGAGCUUCACAGUACAGAUAAACAACCCAGGAGUUUUUUAAGGUAAAGAAGGUGAAUAUUCUGCAGCGAUCGAGUCAAUCAGCAGAUCUGAACCCGAUUCAGCAGAAUUUCACUUCUAACUUAAUACAAAAAAAAAACACCUGAAGACUAAAGACAAAACAUCGUAAAGGAGGAAAGAACUUCAGACAGUCAUCAGCAGCAGAAGAUUCUCAACAAAGGUUUAAAAAUGAACAUUUUAAUUUGUCCAGUUACUUCUGAGCUCCUGAAAAAUGCUUGUAAUUCCUAAACACUUAAUCAGAUAUUUUUGUUUAACAUCUUAAAAUAAAAAUUAAGCUGAAAAACUAA